AUGGCUGUCAGGAACCACGAACUCGCCUCCUCCCGACGGAAGUCGCGCAAGGCACACUUCAGCGCUCCCUCCAGCGAGCGCCGUGUCAUUCUCAGCGCUCAUCUCAGCAGCGAGCUCCAGCAGAAAUACAAUGUCCGCUCCAUUCCUAUUCGCAAGGAUGACCAGGUCACCGUCGUUCGGGGAAGCAACAAAGGUCGGGAAGGCAAGAUCACCUCCGUUUACCGUCUGAAGUGGGCUGUCCACAUCGAGCGUGUCGUCCGCGAGAAGACCAACGGCCAGAGCGUCCCUAUCCCCAUCCACCCCUCCAAUGUCGUCAUCACCCAGCUCAAGCUCGACAAAGACCGUGAACAGAUCCUCCAGCGAAUCGCCAAGGGUCGUGAGGCCGUUAAGAGCAAGUCUGCUUAA